AUUUUUUCGACCCACUUGUAAUGGUUAAAGAAAUGUAAUAAUGCCAAAAAUUGUGCAAAUAAAGAAAUUAGUGGAAUAAAGACAUAAUACAUAAGAAACGAAAGUGAAUCAAGUGUGGCGGCUUUUUUUGUGAAAUCUCUCUGUGUAGCCAACCAUUUACAUACUCGUAUAAGCGUGUAUUGUUGUUUGUGUUCGUGCAUCUGUGUCUUGCCAUUGGCUUUGAAUUUGUAUCUGUUCCAAAGUCUACAAAGCUGUUGUCGUCGUUGUAUUUGUAUUGUGUAGUUUUCAUAUUUUGGCAUGAUCUUGACUUGACUUGAAGCCGGCCAAUUGUAUGAGAUACCUCCGGCUUUAUGACGCAUUUGUUGGCCAACAGAGAGAUCGUCAUAAACUGUAUCUGCGAGAUACUCGUGUAAAAAUGGCUACAAACACGCUUGGCGCGCAAAUAUCGCCAUAUGCGAUCAAAUGUGUGCGAGGCAGCUGCCUCCUAUUUGCGGUCUUAUGCGCUCUAUUAACGAUAUUCACAAAUGUGGAUGCUGCAGAUCAGCCACACAGUCUACGGCGGAGACAUGUCGGCGAUAGCAACACCAUUAGCUCCAGCACCUCCGAUCCCAAUCUGGUCCAAGUGAAUAAAUGUUGUGAGAAGUUCGAAAUACAUGUGGAUACCGUUUGUCAGCAGGUCAAUGAGACGGAUUACUUUCAGCCCAUGUUCACCAGCUAUAGUGGGGAUCAGAACAUGCCGGUGCACUUCAAAUUCGUCAUAGGUGUGCCCAACUGUGGCUCCAUGCAAAUGUGGCCCAUUUUUCACUAUACUGGCAGUUCGGAUAAACUGGUGCUUUUGGAUGAUGGCAGGCUACGCCACUACACCAAUGCGGAGGAUGAGGCAGAUGAACAACGGGGAGUACAAACGGACUAUGAAGACGAUAUAGCUGAAGCGCACAAGCCGCUCUACCAUGACUACGAACAGGGGCAGUAUUGCUUGGAUAAGGCUGUUUCAACUACUGGCGCACAAAAGCAAAUACUAUUUGCCAAUAUUUGUCUAGCGAAAAAGGAAAUCAAGUGGAGCGAUUCGAACUUUUUGUUGCGCAAAAUACUGAACCCUAUAUUCCAUGCCAUAUCACUGAUCAUAUUACUGGUGAUAGCCAUAGUCUACUUUAUUCUGCCAACUUUGAGAGAUCUCGUGGGCAACAUAGUGACUACCAUAGCGAUCUGUCUAAUGGUCAGUCAGGCUGCGGAUCUUGUGCGAAUCUUUACCGAGUUGACGAAUCACGUGAGCUUCAUUGUUGCCGACAUAAUUCUGUGCUUCAGUCUGCUGGCUGCCUUCUUUUGGCUGAAUAGUUUUGGGUACUACAUAUGGAAAACCUUUCGUUCGAGAAACGUCUUUCUGCGCGUAACCGAUGGACGCAAAUAUUGCUACUAUUCGAUCUAUGCCUGGGGCUGCACAGCCACCAUGGCUGCCUUGGCAGUCUUUGCGCACUUCUUCCUUGAUGCGGACUCGUACAAGAAGGAAAAUAUGGUGGGCGAACAGGAGACUAUAGGAUGGCUGGGUAUUUGCGUAUUCUUUUCGCCAAUUGCUUGCACAAUUAUCGUCAAUAUAUUCUUCUUUGUGACAACCCGUAAGCUGAUUAAUCGACGCACAGUUUACGGACGUAUUGCGCAUAAGCUGAAGGCUAACUUCAUAAUGUUUUCGCUAAUGUUGUUGGUAAUGUCCAUUUCCUGGCUGUUUCUAAUCAUGUCCUGGAUUCAGCUGGACGGGCUACUCUAUGCGCACAUCAUAGUCAAUGCUGUGCAGACGCCUCUGCUGCUCUAUAUUUGCGUGUUGCGUCAGCGACACGUCACAUUUCUGCUAAAGAAAUCCUGCUGCUACAAUGAACCACCGUCCACCAAUGACUGGGGCGAUGAGAUGCACUACAUGAACUGUAAUGACUACUGAAACUUCUCGUCCACGCUUAAUUUAAGUUAGUCGUUAAGCUAUGCUAAGUGUUUUAUGUAAUUUAACGAUGUUUAACAUUGAGAUUUCCACUACUAACCGUUAAGUGUACUUAAAAAACAUACCCAUACACCCACGUCUAAUUUAUGAAAAUAAAUCAACAAAAGGCUGAUA